AUGCUGCAAUCAAGACUCGCAUUCAUCGGUGGAGGCAACAUGGCAGAAGCCAUCCUCGGCGGCCUCCUCGCCAGCGGAUACCCACUCUCCCAAUGUGUCGUCACAGAACCCCUCCAGGCCCGCUGCGAAUUCCUCCACUCCAAAUACCCCGGUCUCCAAGUCCUCUCUGGUCCUCAAGCCAACUACCUCGCCGUCAACGGUUCCGAAUCUGCAUCCCAUACCGCCGCACUUGUCGACAACGGAUCCGUUCAUAUCAACCCUACAGCGGCUAGCGAGAGCUUCUCGCCAGCAGAGGUUGUGAUCUUGGCGGUCAAACCUCAGGUCUUGAGGGGUGUCGUGACAGAUCUGGGAAGCACUUUGCAUCAGAGACAGCCGCUUGUUAUCUCUAUCGCUGCCGGGAUCGAGACUUCGGCGAUCGCUCGCUUCAUGGCCGAAGGCGCUUCUUCAGGGUCAUCAGGAUCAGACGCAACAGCACCAACACAAAUUCAGCACGAGGACCUCCCAGCCGUCAUCCGCGCCAUGCCCAACACCCCCGCACUCGUCAACGAAGGUGCCACCGGCCUCUACGCCACCCUCGACACAACCCCUGCCCAACGACUCGUUGCAGAAUCCCUUCUCGGUGCCGUCUCGAAACAAGUCUCCUGGGUCGACCAAGAAUCCCUCAUCGACACCGUCACCGGCAUUUCUGGCUCCGGUCCCGCAUAUUUCUUCCUGAUGAUGGAAGCCAUGGAGGACGCCGCCGUGAAACUGGGUAUGGACCGUGAGACAGCGAAGGAACUGACGAUCCAGACUUGUUUGGGUGCUGCCAAGAUGGCCCAGUCGAGUUCGGAUGAUUUGAAGACGCUGAGGGUGAAGGUGACGAGCCCUCAGGGAACCACGGAUGCGGCGAUCAAGACGUUUGAGCAGGGUGGAUUCAGAGAUUUGGUGGCUGCGAGUGUUACGGCUGCGGAUUCGAGGAGCAAGAGUCUUGCGACUGAGCUCUGUGGUCCUGGCAAGGAGUCCAAGCUGUAA